AUGAAAUCAGCAUAUACUUCUCUUAAAGAUUUACUACCAUUGAUGCAAAAUAAAUAACCAAAAUUAAAAAUAAAACUUUAAGCGAGUCAAAAUUAUGAAGAAUCUUGUACAUGUAAUUAAAUGAGUUGUUUAAUAUGUUCUCGAAAAAGAUCAUCAUCAAUGAUCUCUCUAAAACCAUUGAAACACUCAAUAAUAGUUGAAUAAGGAAAGUUAGAAAAAUAAGGCUUUGCUUAACUUUAAAGUUUAAUAUCAAGAAAAUUAUCAAGACAAGAAUUAUUAUAGUAAACAUAUUAUGGUGGAAAAUAAAAUUAUGAACCUAAAGAUUCAUCAACAAAUUCAUCAUCAUGGUUAUAAUCGAAAUCUCAUUCUAGAAAAAUUUCAUUAGAUAAUUUUUCAUAAAAAGAAGUUGUUUAACUUAAAACAACAUAAUAAUAAUAAUAAUAAUAAAUUAAUAAUAUAAGCAGAUUAGCAUUUCGAUUUAUUUAUAUAAUUGGUAAAGGAGGUUUUGGAAAAGUUUGGAGAGUUGAGAUGAAAUCAACAAAAAAAGAAUUUGCAUUAAAAGAAAUGAUCAAGGCAAAGUAUAUUUAGUUAUAUCUUAGAAUUAUUUCGAAAAGAUCAGUCAAUUCAGUUAUGAAUGAAAAGUUUUUAUUGGAACAUCUUCGCCAUCCUUUUCUUGUCAAUAUGCAUUUUGCAUUUUAAGAUAAAGAAAAUUUAUAUCUUGUUUUGGACUUAUUAAGAGGAGGAGAUUUGAGAUUUCAUAUUGGUAAAUUAAAACGAUUUACUGAAGAUUAAGCAAGUAAGAAAUUAUAUAUAUAAUAAGAAUUUUUUGCUUGUUGUAUGUUACUUGCAUUACAAUAUUUACAUUCGAAUGGUAUUAUUCAUAGAGAUCUAAAACCAGAAAAUCUAGUUUUCGAUAAAGAUGGUUUUUUACAUUUAACAGAUUUAGGAGUAGCUCGAUUAAAUAAGGAUAGUAUUGCAAACGAUACUUCUGGUACUCCAGGAUAUAUGGCACCAGAAGUUAUGUGUAAAAUGGAACAUACUUAUUCUGUUGAUUAUUAUGCACUUGGAGUCAUUCUUUAUGAAAUAUUAAUUGGUAAAAGACCUUAUAAUGGGAAGAAUAGAUAAGAAAUUAGAGAAUAAAUACUAGCUAAGUAAGCUUUCAUUAAAGAGGGCACUUCUAAUAUAAGUAGCAAAGCUAUAGAUUUUAUUAAUAAGGUAAUAUAUUAUUUAAUUUAGUUACUCAUUCGAAAACCUUAAUAGAGAUUAGGUUUCAAUGGAAUUGAAGAAAUAAUACAUCAUUAAUGGUUAAAAGGAGUUUAAUGGGCAAAAUUAUUAAAUAAAGAAAUGAAAUCUUUAUAUAUUCCUGGAGUAACUUAUUUUUGUUAAUAAAAAGAGUAUUGAUGGUAAUAGUGAUUUUUAAAAUCAGAUUUCAGCAGACAGUGAAUUAGAGGAAGAUUGCUAAAGUUUAUUAAAAAGAAAAAGUGUUUAAAGUUUAUUCGAUGGAUAUAAAUUCUAAUGA